AUGGGCAAUUUGAUUGCCAGUGGCGCGUUGGCUUCUGGUCGGUGCAACAUGGCAAAGAACGUGCAUUGGAUUUCGAUUGCUGCACCGAUGGAAGGCACCAAGAGCAGCAAUUGCAUUGAAAAGGUGUGCCAAAACGAAUGGAUGGCACCACUCUCUGUGGCCAUAGGAUCGAUGAGCCCAGCUCCCCCUGCUAUUCUAUCGAUGAGGCACAUGUCCACCGUAGCCGUACCCAUGAAGCAAAAGUUCAAAGACGCCCAACACGCCUGGGCACGCCACGUCACAAGGUUAUCUUGCGCAGUUGUACCGGGGGACUGGGACGGAUUUGGGUCCCACGCUGAAACGAGUUUGCACUACAAAGCGCGCGCCAACCACAUGGAUGCCGCGUUUCAGAACGGCGAUGGCUGGUGGGGAAGCGACCGCAAACCCAUGCAGUGGUUCCAAUGUACCUUGUAA